AUGCCUCUUAACGCUAAUGAAGAAGCUCUGUUGGGCAUUCUCCCAGCGACAACCGUGGAUCUGAAUCAUCAAAGAGUCGAAUAUGCACCCAAGGAGCGCAGCAAAAUAGGGAAAUGGACUGUCGUUGCUCUUGCUCUCAAUCGCACCAUCGGCUCAGGAAUCUUCUUGACACCACACACAAUCCUGGCAGGAACCGGAUGUGUUGGAGGAGCGUUAAUUCUCUGGGUACUAGGAGCGCUGAUCUCGACGUGUGGCCUGUAUACAUGGCUGGAGUGCAGCCUAUCCAUGCCCCAGCGUCGAGUUCGCGGCGAGGCCGAGCCACGAGGUGUUCCCAGAUCAGGAGGGGAGAAGAACUUCCUAGAGUUCAUGUUUCCCAACUCCCGACUACGACUACCACACAUCCGGACAACAUGUUCGUUUUCCAUCAUGUUUGUGUUGAUGUACAACUUGAGUGGCAAUGCCAUCUCGUUCGGCCUGCAAGUCCUGAUAGCAUCAGGAUACUACGACAAGUCCUCAGGGGAAGUGCCAGACCGAGGUAUAGUCAUCGGGAUCGCCGUCGCAGCACUAAGUGCAGUUGUUAUGAUACACAUGGUCUCCAGGAAACUCGGCAUCUGGAUCAACAACCUCUUUGCAAUCCUCAAAGUCGGAUUACUCUUGGCAAUAAUCUGUCUAGGAAUCGCCAAAGCAGCAGGAAAGUUUGGUGGGUCCGGAGAUGUGCCCCGGAAUAACUUUACGCGGGAUGUUUGGAAGACGCAGCGAUCUGAUGCCGCUUCUUGGUCGAACUCGUUGGUGCUCUGUCUCUAUGCAUUCAGUGGCUUCGAGCAACCGUUUUAUGUCCUGGCCGAAACAAAGAGUCCGAGAAGGUAUUUCCCGAAAUACACAGUUCUGGCGAUGAUCACAGCCGGAGUACUGUUCUUGCUCGUCAACAUCAGCUUUCUUCUAGUUGUAGACAAGGCCGACAUCAUACCUCAGGGUGCGAGUGAUAUCCCAGGCACGCUGGAUAUGGCCACUCGCUUCUUUGAUGGUCUCUGGGAGACUGACCCGCAGGGUGCCACGCGAGCCAUGGCUGCCAUCAUCGCGGUCUCGAUUUUCGGAAAUCUUUGGGUGAUGACCUUUACCGCCGCCCGAGUGAAGCAGGAGAUAGCCAAGGAGGGUAUAUUGGGAGGCAUUUCCCUCUACAUUGCCUCCUCAUACCGCACUCCAUGGGCUCUCUGCAAGCAGUGGUUCCGAGCAUCUACCCAGGGCGACGAGAUUGAACAAGCGCCCACGGCAGCCUUUGGACUCCACUGGUUCACUUCGGUCUUUCUGCUGGCCGUCACCGCUGCCAUUACCGAUCCUCGCAAGACCUACUUUGCGCUCGUCUCGCUCUACUCUUACACCAUCAUCUUGGUGCUAGGCUUCUGGGUCAGCAUAGGCCUGAUAUUGACCAAGAUGCGAAAGGAGAAGUUCCACUGGCAGGAGCGCCGCCGGUAUCGUCCAUGGCUCUCUCCUGCUCAUCCAAUCAUCUAUGGACUCGCAACGGGUUUCAUGCUCAUCGCAGCAUUCAUCCCGCCACAGCGAGGAUCGCCAUUCCACAGCUCCGUCACCGGAUUCGCGUGGUAUAUCAUCCCUACCGUUGGCAUCACCGCACCGCUCUGGGGAAUACUAUGGUACUGGGGUUUCUUGGUGUACGAAUCCAGAAUCAAGCAAAGACAGCUGGUGGUUACGCGAGAGGCGUACUGGGCCAAGGAUCCUGAUUGUCCUGGCGAGUACGUCCAGCUGGCCGAGAUCAUUGAUCACACGUGGGAGGUGGGAGCUCCGGAAGGACUAGAAGAUGAUGAGUUUGGGGGCAAUGUAAGGAAUUUGGGCUGA